AUGGAUGUAAUUCAGCCAAACGCACUGGUGACAGCUCAGCGUGGAGACACUGUGACUCUACCAUGUUUCUACAAUCAGGAACUUAUCACCUAUGCCAGCUGGUUUAAGCAACGCCUUGGACAGAAGCCUCAGAUUGUAGCCCUGUCAUUGAACUAUCAAUCAGGUGCUGUAUUUUUCAAUGAGUUUGGAAACAUCACACGUUUCAGUGCUAACACAAGAGAGGGGAUCUUUAACCUGACUAUCUCACAAGUAGAGCCGUCUGAUUCAGCAACAUACUACUGUGCUAUUAUACACUACAAUGAGGUCAUCUUUGGAAAUGGAACUACUUUCAUGUUGACAGAAGAGCCCGAGUCUGAGUCAGUGCAGCCAGGAGACUCUGUGCCUGACUCUGUGCAGUGUACAGUGCACACUGAGACCUGUGCAGGAGAACACAGUGUGUACUGGUUCAGACAGGCCUCAGGAGAGUCCCCUCCAGGAAUCAUUCACACCCAUGGACACAGGAGUGAUGAGUGCCAGAGGAGCUCUGGGACUGUGUCUCCCACACAGAGCUGUGUCUACAACUUCCCCAAGAGGAACCUCAGCCGCUCUGAUGCUGGGAUUUACUACUGUGCUGUGGCCACCUGUGGGGAGAUCCUGUUUGGGAACGGGACCAAGCUGCAUGUUGAGGGUUGUGAUUUAUCCAGGCUUGUCUGGCUCUCGAUCAUAAGGACUGGAGUUCUGUGUUGCAUCUUGCCCAUAUUUGUCUUGAUCUAUUGCAAAAGUACAUAA